GAAGUAUUUGAGGCACUUGCACUAUCUAUGUUUGAAGAAAAGCCAGUGAAGACUCUUAAUGUUUAGUAUUUAGGAACUGAAUUUGUAAACAUGAUGCGUUUUGGGCUACAGUGUUUGCGGUAACUUGUCCUUCAUUAUUUCGGCUACAGCACUCUUCUCCAGUAAGUUUCUUUUGAAGGCAAGUGAAGCUGCCAAAGAUGUUAAAAAUGAUGCUUGCCUGCUGCAAGGUAUACAUCUCUGAAAGCCGAAACAGGUCUGCACUUGAGGCGAUUGAACGAGCUGCUAAGCUAUUUCCAGAAGCAGCAGUGCUCAACAAGUUUGAAGAUGAAAUCUACAAUAGAGUCGGCUACACGGUUGUCUCUAGAUUGGCUCAGAAGUCACCCUCAGAUUCAUGUUCCUCAAGAAGUGCUGUAUUAGCAAUGGUUAAGACCGCAUUUGAUGCCAUUGACCUUGAGUCGCAUAGCGGAAGUCAUCCUAGGCUUGGGGUUGUUGACCAUAUCUGCUUCCAUCCCUUGGGUCAGACUUCUCUGGACCAAGUGGCCGCCAUUGCAAGGUCCUUGGCAGUUGACAUUGGCUCUGGUCUUCAAGUACCUGCAUUUCUGUAUGGAGCGGCCCAUGAAGAUGGAAGGACACUUGAUUCAAUCAGAAGAGCGUUGGGGUAUUUCAAACCUAAUGCAAGUGGAAACCUGUGGAUAGGCAGCCCAAAUUCACAGAUCUUGCCCCUGAAGCCAGAUGAAGGUCCACCUCGAGCAGCCCAAGGAAAAGGAGUCAUUGUGAUCGGAGCAACUCGAUGGGUAGAUAACUACAAUGUCCCUGUCUAUUCUAGCGAUAUUGCCUCUAUCCGAAGAAUCGCAAAACGAGUAAGUGGAAGAGGAGGCGGACUUCCUUCAGUCCAAGCCAUGGCGCUCACUCACGGUGAUGGUAUCAUUGAAGUAGCAUGUAAUUUGUUGGAUCCACGUAAAGUUAAAGCAAAUGAUGUUCAGCUCGAAGUUGAGCGACUUGCAAGGGAGGAGGGUUUGUCUGUGGGGAAGGGGUAUUUCACCGACUUUUCACAGGAGGAUAUAAUCAAAAGAUACAUGAGUCUGGACUUCCCUCCAUAAGCAAAACUCUCAUGUUCGUGUUUCUAGAUCUCUGUCGGAUUUAUUGCUCAUGCAUUAGAGGUCUUUCUUCUAUGAUCUGGAAGCUCCCCAUUGUAAAACUGAGGCUCACUAUAUGGCAAAGCAAAUUUUUGCUAGUUAUGGUUGAUUUAUAAAUGGUUUACGGUAAAA